CCUUGCGUUCGUGCGUGCGCCCGUGGCGCCUCCUGGUCCGCCGCCCGGGGCUCGGCGCACGCUGCGCGACACCGAGGCCGAGCGGGGUAGGGGGCUGACCGCCAUGACCCCCCAGAGCCCGGCGUGAGGGGGCCGAGGUGCCUGGCUCUCUGGUCUGAGUUCGAAGCAGAGGCCAGCUGUCUCCUGGUUUGAAGCAGAGGUCAGUCAUCCCUGUUUCCCCUGGGCUUACAUCAUGGUGGGGCUUUGAAAAUCUCCCUCUGUGGCUUGUUGGAGCCACAUAGACCGGUGAUGAGAGCUGGCUCUGGAACCAGGCUGCUCCAGGAGUAAGAUGCAGUGACCUGCCAGCGCCUGCCGCAUCCUUCAUCCGGGAGUCGCCCCAUCUCUCCACGCAUCGGGGCCCUGUGCCCCUUGCUGCUGCAGCCGGGCACCAUGUCGACCUCGUCCUUGAGGCGCCAGAUGAAGAACAUUGUCCACAACUACUCAGAGGCGGAGAUCAAGGUUCGAGAGGCCACGAGCAAUGACCCCUGGGGUCCGUCCAGCUCCCUCAUGUCAGAGAUUGCCGACCUCACCUACAACGUCGUCGCCUUCUCGGAGAUCAUGAGCAUGAUCUGGAAGCGACUCAACGACCAUGGCAAGAACUGGCGGCACGUCUACAAGGCCAUGACGCUGAUGGAGUACCUCAUCAAGACCGGCUCGGAGCGCGUGUCACAGCAGUGCAAGGAGAACAUGUAUGCCGUGCAGACGCUGAAGGACUUCCAGUACGUGGACCGCGACGGCAAGGACCAGGGCGUGAACGUGCGCGAGAAAGCCAAGCAGCUGGUGGCUCUGCUGCGCGACGAGGACCGGCUGCGGGAGGAGCGGGCACAUGCACUCAAGACCAAGGAAAAGCUGGCACAGACCGCCACAGCCUCAUCAGCAGCUGUGGGCUCGGGCCCCCCUCCUGAUGCGGAACAGGCAUGGCCACAGAGCAGUGGGGAGGAGGAGCUGCAGCUCCAGCUGGCCCUGGCCAUGAGCAAGGAGGAGGCUGACCAGCCCCCAUCCUGCGGCCCCGAGGACGACGCCCAGCUCCAGCUGGCCCUUAGUUUGAGCCGAGAAGAGCAUGAUAAGGAGGAGCGGAUCCGUCGCGGGGAUGACUUGCGGCUGCAGAUGGCGAUUGAGGAGAGCAAGAGAGAGACCGGGGGCAAGGAGGAGUCGUCCCUCAUGGACCUUGCUGACGUCUUCACGGCCCCAGCUCCUCCCCCGACCACAGACCCCUGGGGGGGCCCAGCACCCAUGGCUGCUGCUGUCCCCACGGCUGCCCCCACCUCAGACCCCUGGGGCGGCCCCCCUGUCCCUCCGGCUGCUGAUCCCUGGGGAGGUCCAGCCCCCACGCCGGCCUCUGGGGACCCCUGGAGGCCUGCUGCCCCUGCAGGACCCUCAGUUGACCCUUGGGGUGGGACCCCAGCCCCUGCAGCUGGGGAGGGGCCCACGCCGGAUCCAUGGGGAAGUUCCGAUGGUGGGGUCCCGGUCAGUGGACCCUCGGCCUCCGAUCCCUGGACACCGGCUCCAGCCUUCUCAGAUCCCUGGGGAGGGUCACCUGCCAAACCCAGCACCAAUGGCACCACAGCCACCGGGGGAUUCGACAUGGAGCCUGACGAGUUCUCUGACUUCGACCGACUCCGCACGGCACUGCCGACCUCUGGGAGCAGCGCGGGAGAGCUGGAGCUGCUGGCAGGAGAGGUGCCGGCCCGAAGCCCUGGGGCAUUUGACAUGAGUGGGGUCAGGGGAUCUCUGGCUGAGGCUGUGGGCAGCCCCCCACCUGCAGCCACACCAACUCCCACGCCCCCCACCCGGAAGACGCCGGAGUCAUUCCUGGGGCCCAAUGCAGCCCUCGUCGACCUGGACUCGCUGGUGAGCCGGCCGGGCCCCACGCCGUCUGGAGCCAAGGCCUCCAACCCCUUCCUGCCAGGCGGAGGCCCAGCCACUGGCCCCUCCGUCACGAACCCCUUCCAGCCCGCGCCCCCUGCAACGCUCACCCUGAACCAGCUCCGUCUCAGUCCUGUGCCUCCUGUCCCUGGAGCGCCACCCACGUACAUCUCUCCCCUUGGCGGGGGCCCUGGCCUACCCCCCAUGAUGCCCCCAGGUCCCCCGGCCCCCAACACUAACCCCUUCCUCCUAUAAUCCAGGGCGGAAGGGGGCCUGGCUCCAUCCAGCUGCCCCAUUCUGGCUCCCUGGGAGAUCAGUGUUGUGAGUGCAUGUGAAAUGGGGGAUCCCUGCCCCCAGUGCCCUUCCCCCUCCUGGGGCCCACUCACACUACACCCUCUUCCUUUCCCACCCCACCUCCCUGGAGAGAAACUGGACAUGGGGCCUGGGGAGGGGAGCUGGCCAGAGGAGGACCCCUUUCCCGUGGCAUUAGAAGGGGGAGGGGCGGCUGGGGCCCCCACCCAUUCCCCCUCCCUCCAAACUCUCAACCCCCAGUCAGUGUUUGAGCCUCCUUGUUCCCCUCACGCACCCCCUCAUGCACCCUCGGUGAAUCCUUGGUGAUGAUUUUGGCAACUUUGGGAAUAAAUGGCAAUUCCCACGGG